AUGACCAUGGGUAAUAAUAACAAAACUAUGUUACAUCGUUCAUCUGUCUUUGUACCUUUUGAGUCCCUUACGCAACAAAUUAUCGAAUCUGUAGUUUCAGUUGCAACAACAUUUCGUAAAUCUGGUUUUAAUUACAGUGAACGUACGAUUCUUAUAUUUUUACUUGAAAUAAAGAAAAAACUAAAAGCUAUUGAAAAGAAAAUUCAAGAAAAUAGCACAGGGAUCGAUCAAGAAUUGAUUCAACAUGUACAAAAUGUUCAACAGUGGCUCGUGGAUAUAAAUAGACAACCAUUAAAUUGGGCCGAACUUGAAAAGAAAUAUAGUAGAAUUGCUGACGAAAAUUGUGAUCAAAUGGCUCGUUAUUAUGGAUCUAAUACUGCUGAGCCUUAUUUUGAAUUAAAAGUCAAAACUCGAUAUGCUGGUGUACUGCAAUCGCGUGAGUAUAUGAAGAAGUUUCGAAAAAAUGGCUUUGAUCUAAAAGAACUUAAGCUCUACUGGAAUGUCAAUCAAAUUGAAAAUCUUUGUUCUGAAUCAAGCGGAAAAAUUCCAUAUGAUCCAUCAGAUGAGGAUGCUGUUGAAAAUCUUCGUCAAUAUCCUGUUAGUGAACGAAAUCAUAAUGGUAGAAUAACUUACGUAACAAAUGGCAUCGAAAAAGCAGUUUUUGAUGUACCAGAAAAUGCUCAAAUUAUUCUUUUGAAUUUUGCAAAUGAACAAUCUCCAGGUGGUGGAUAUUUAAGGCAUGCACAAGCACAAGAAGAAGUUCUUCUUUAUAAUUCUGAUGGUUAUCGUGCAUUACUUGAUCUGAAAUAUGGACGUAUGAAUGGUGGUUAUGCAAUACCUGAAUUUGGAUUAGCUUAUGUUCGUAAUAUUCGAAUUUUUAAAUCACUAUCACCGAAUGAAUAUCGAAAAGCUGAUACGUUAGUAUCUGCUUGUUAUUGUAUGGCUGGACGUGAACUUUAUCAAAAUCCAAGAAACAAAGAUGAUUGGGAGAAAAAGAAUUUAGCAAAAUUUCGUGCGUUUAUAGCAGCAGCUGUUGCCAAUACAAUUGGUGAUGGAAAAAACACUUAUCUUCUACUUGGACCUAUUGGUACUGGUGCAUUUGGAAAUGAUGUUAAGCGUAUUGGUGAAGUUUUUCGAAAGGCACUUAACUCACCAAUGAUGGGUUCGAAAGGAUCAAUAAGACAUGCUUUUGAACAUAUUUGGUUUGUUUCAAUCGAUCAAUGGAAAAAUGAGGAAUUCAAGAAGAUCUUUGAUAAAGAUGAAUCUGACAACAAUUAAAUGUAACAUAAAUAAAAAAGAUAUUUAUAUGCAACAAAACUUCUAUUACUGAACACCCUCUGAUCCGAUCGAGUAACCUUUGCCAGUCUCUACUUUCUCCUUUAUUACAAUCUCGGCAUUCUGAAUGUGAACGCUUCUAUCAAAUGAAUCACUAUCUAUAAUACGAACAUGUACACUAGAUAUAAUCUAUUUUCGGAUUAAAAUUAGACAAUCGAUUUGCUCAUUAUAUUAUUGGUUAGAAAGAGCAAAAGAAGCAAUGAACAUCAUAUUUAAAACAUGAUUAAAAUGAGCUACAUACAGAAGUAUAUGCAACUUAUUCUUCGCCAUUUGAGCCAGUAUAAUUUGAGUGUGAGUGUGUGCGGAUGUGGAUGUUUUAUUAUUUCACAUGCACAUCUACACUCUUAAUAGAACCUCAAAAAAGGUUCUUUAUACGUGGCAUUCCUGUAAACUCUUUUUCAUUUUUUAUUCUAGCCUGUUUUCACAGUACGGUUAAUACGUAUAUUUUUUACAUUCUUGUUACUUUUCUGCCAUAUUAGUCAAGAGAAAAACUUUGUAUCUACACUCUGAUACUAUAGGAAUUCUCUUGACACGAUCUAGUAUUGAAAAGAAAAGACUAAAAUUAUCGUGACUUUGCUUUUUCUAUUUUACACUUAGUUUUACUCUGGCAACAAAUUUCGAUGCAAGAAGGCCUGAUUGUAUCUCUUCAUGUGAAUAGUGAUCCUCAAUAUCAAAUCAUUAUCUAUUUGAAUAAAGGGGUGUGGGUGUGGGU